AUGUUCAACAAUCCCAUUCAUUCGAUCAGCUCAUUUUCGCAAGCAACCGCUUCUCUAAGUCUAGCCUUGGUUGCCACGCUGAAAGCUGUCAUCCGGAAGUUCUUUGCGGUCCUUGCAAUCAAGUGCAGCAGUUGGACACCAGUGAACCGUGGAACGUCCAACCGGUCAGCUUGCGCCAGCAUUGGACAUGAGGAUUACACAAGUGUUUCAGAUGCCAAUACCAUGGCUGCUCGGACUAUAUUCCUGGUGUAUGUGAUCACUGCUCUUGGCGGGACUUGGCUGCUGGAGCAGCCUCGGGGGUCAUGCCUUGACUUCUUUCCUCCUUUCCAAGAGCUGCUUCUUAGCCUUUUGAAUGCGAGUGGAAAAUCAGCAGUCUGGACCCAAGUCUUCAGGGGCACUUGGCAUAUGGCAUCCUAUGGAGGACCCACAGAGAAGCCUCACUGGGCAUACUGCAACAGCCCAGUUGUUGAGAGGCUCAACCGUGGUUUCAAGAGGGCGCGCGACGAAUCAGAAGCUGCUCAACCAGCCAUCAAGACUUGUGAACAAUACGUGAACCGUGAUGGCAAAGUAUGUUUCAAAGGAACAUCGAAGUUGAAAUCUACACAGGAGUAUCCAAUGCAGUUCGCCAAUGCGCUGGUGGACCUCUUCCCUGACCUUGUCAAAACGAGCUGUGGUAGGGCACCGGUGCCGGCGAGCGGAGUUCCCAGUGCGCUUCAGUCCUUCCAAAACUUGAAGGAUGAUCACGUUGGCCUCAAAUGGGCUCGGCUUGAUGAGGUUUACACCUACUUGCGCGGGGGUCGGGACUUGAGGAUUCCACCCCACUGGCGCAAGUUUGAUGGCAUUGACCAAAUCCUGGCUGAUGCUCAUCAGAACGAUGAGCAGGCGGCCAAACAGCGCCUACGCCGGAUGUGCACUCCUAAGAAGCGAAGAAAGAGCAUGGACGUCCCAGAGUGGGUGAUGAGCGAAUUCAAGAAGCGUGAUAAGAAUGAGCUUGCUCAAUUGUUGAUGCAGCAGAAUUGGUCCAAGGAUGACUUCAUCAAUGAGCUUGAGAUCAUUGUGAGGCGCAAGGCCACGAUCAAGAUCACUGUGGAUGAGGUGUGGGCAUCCGAGAAGGAGAUGAGGGAUGACCUGCACUGGCUUCUGACGUGCCAGCAGUCGAUGACCAGAGCUUUGCUGCCCUGGCGACGGCUCAGCAACGUGAGAAAGUUCUUGGACUCCAUGCUACAGAAGUCCGGCAAAAUCCGUGGAUUGAUCAGGGAAUUGACAGAGAAGUACAAGAACAAUUCGUUGAUGAACACGCAUGUUGGGCUUCUACGUGGUCAGCUGGAUAAGUUGGACAAGGAGUAUGACGCAUGCAAUCAUUGCAUGGCCACCGGAGAGGUCAACGGAUUCAAUGACGCGCGCAGUGCGGCUUGCGCUGUGGAGAUGAAAACCCGGAAUGCCAAGCGGUAUGAGAAAGCUGAUUCAAAGGAUUCCAAGGGCAAGACACGGGAGGCGGGUGCAGAGGCCAAUGAGAAGGACAGCAGGAAACGCCCAUCAGCCUCGAAGGCUGCUAAGGCUGCGGCGGCCGUGGCUGAUUCCAAGGGUGGUGCCACCUCCUGCAGGGCGGCCAUUCGGAUGGCAAGAGGCGUGACAAAUGACAUAGGAGAGCCAGCCGCAAAAAAGUCAAGAGGCCUGGCGGAGCUUGCCAAGUGCAGCUUGCACCAUUCUGAGAGGGAUGUCCACACGUUAGUGUCCAAGAAGCUGUCGAUGUCCAUAGACUUGGAGCUGCAUACCAUCGAGAAGCGGCCGGGUAUGCGGUACACAGGAGAGCUCAAAGCCUUAAGUCUGAAGGAUUGGUUUGGAUACAUGCUGCGAUACAAUAUCCACCACAUCCUUGUGGGUUUGGAGGCCCCGGACGCAGAGCGAGAGUCUUCUAUCUUGAAGGCCUUCUGGUCUCACUACCGGCAGUUGGAGCCCACACAUCAGAUGUGGGAGAAAGUGGACGCUGGAGAGCUUCCUUUGGAACGCACAUAUCCUCUCUUGCUGCACGGCGACGAAGGCCGUGGCAGGAAGCGGCAGGCCUUCCUUGUCAUCGCCUGGUCUUCGCUGAUGGGUAGCGGGACCUCGUUGGCCAACGCUACAAGGCAAAAUCGCCCCUACAUUCGAAUGCGGCUGAAUUACACCGGGUCUACCUGGUCACACCGUCUUUUGACUUGUGUACUACCCAAGAUGUUCAAGGACGAGAUCGGCUUCGAGUGUGUUAUGAACUUUGUCAAAGACGACGCUGCUUCCAUGUUCAAUGAAGGUGUUUGCCACAACGGCUUGCAGUAUCACUCCGUUUGCAUAGCAGUGACAGGGGACUGGGCGUGGCUUGUGAAAAGUGCAAACUUGGGCAGAUCAUUCCAUAACUGCGAGAAACGACCAAAGUCGGCAUCCUCGGUCCCCAAGGGGAUUUGCCAUUGGUGCGCUGCAGGGAAGGAUGGCUACCCGUGGGAGGACAUGUCUUUGACUCCAGCAUGGCUGCAAACCCUUUUUGGAGACAAUCCAUUCUUGCGUCGCCCUCAGCUGUUGGAACUUCCACAUUGCCCUGAGAAACCCCAGGCAUUCUAUGCUUGGGAUAUAUGGCAUGGAUUCCAUCUUGGCUUGGGCAAGGUAUGGGCAGCUACCUGUCUUUGCAUCAUGAGUGAUGCCAUGACGGCUUCAAGCGUGGACGAACGCUUUGAGCAGAUCACUGCUCUGUAUAUUACCUGGUUGGAUGAUCACAAAACCUCAGGGUUUUUGAACUCGAUCACGAAGGAAGGUUGCGGUUGGCCAGACCGGGGUACCUUCCCGAACGGCCAGUGGAGCAAAGGCCAUAUUACAUUGACGCUCAUCAGGUUCUUCUUGUCAUGGACAGAAACUUUGCGCCUUGUGGAGGGUUCUCUCUUGAAGUCUUGUGAAGGGGGCUGCAAGUUGAUCAAUGAAGCUUUCCACAUCCUUUAUUCCAAUGAUUUGUGGCUGGCGCCCAAUGUUGCGAUGCAGGCCGCUUCAUGUGGACUUCGUUUCCUACAGAUGUUUCAGGAUUUAGCGAAGAGGUGCUAUGAUGAGGGACAAGCUUUUUUUUGCUACAUGCCCAAGAGUCAUUUGGUGGCUCAUGUUUGGCAUCAGUUGCGACAUGACGCGAGUCGUGGUGUUUGGAGCCUCAACCCACUGUGCAUGGCUGUGCAGUGCUCCGAAGAUUACAUCGGAAAGGAUGAGCUGGCAGAAUUGCUGGUGCAGAAGCUGGGCUCGGCACUGCCGGCCAGCUGGGCCGCCGUGAAGGGCACGAGCUUGUCGGUGCGGAAGGAGCUCAUUAGCGAUGAGGAGGUGAUCAAGCGGAUGCAAGAGAUGGUGGAUCACACUUUCAAGACAUGGGGAGGUACUGCCAAGACCCGGGAUCGGCGCAAGAAGUUGGUGACCAGCAUCAAGCCGAAGAACGGCCUCUCAUUGCGCUGCCUCGCCCGCUUCAUGGCGCUAGAGCUUGUGCCGCUCCCCGCGGAGCAUGAGCUCCCAGCUGCCGUGAUGAUGGCCGACGCCUUUGCCGACCGCCCCAACGCGUGGCGCGCCAUCUGUGGUAGUGAGAAUCACCCCUCCUUCCGGCGGCAGAUGCUCCAAUGGCUCUUCGAAACCUGGGCGAUGCGAAAGGAACGAAACCUUUGGCUCCGGCGAAGCGCUGGCUGCAACCGAGCAGUUCUCAUGGAGGGCCAGCUAGCAUGUACGGCAAUGAAGGGCUUGAACAACAGAGCACCGGUGCAGUUAAACAGUUCAGACCUGCACCCCAAGACGAAGGCUCCCUUCCUCUUUGGCUGCUCGGCGGUGCGACGGUUUCUGGAAGCCAAAGCCAUCGAAGAAGCAGAGAUCAAGGAACGAAUGGUGGUGUCUCCCCAGCUGCAGGGCCAAGGUAUUGGCUCCUCAGCACUCAAAGUGGCGCUGGCAGAGGCGGAUUUGGCCAAGAAGCCAGUGAUGCUCACCACCAACGAGGAACGCAAUGUGACCUUCUAUCAGCGCUUGGGCUUCCAGGUCCUGCGAAGCGCCACUCGAAGCCUUGCUGGGGAGACCUACGAGGCAGAGUUGCCGAUCCAGAGCUGUGCCAGCCUCGCCUGA